AUGGCUGACAAGCCUUCUUGUUCUUCGUCUGGCUCUAGGCCAGCUCGCCAUUUUACUGCUGAUCAGGCACUAAACAUCUUCUUAGAUAUGGAUGAUAGUGACUUGAGUGACUUAGAAAGUUAUCCUGGAAGCUCUGAAAGUGAUUUUCAGCCUUCAAGCGAGUCUGAUAGUGAAUUAGAUAUCCCUAGGCUUAGAUCUAGUAAUAGUAGUAAACGAAAGGGGGCGUCGCCCCAGCCAGGCCCUAGUAGAUCUAGUAAGCAACCUUGCAUUGCUACAGCUGAUGUACUACAUGUAGAACAAACUGAAUGGGAAGAAGUAGAUCUGCAUCCAGCACCAUCUACUCAUAAUAAUUUUAGGUUUUUGCCUAAAGAUGGUCGUCAGCCAGGAAUAAAUCCUGCUACUGGCCUAGAUGAAAAUUCUACCCCACUUCAUUUUUUUGGUACUCUAAUGACAUCUGAUAUUACUGAUGAUUUUAUUAGAUCUGUCAACAAUUAUGCUGAACACAUGAUUGUAAAAAAUAGCCCUGCAUUGUCCAGAUCAAGGUUCAACAGAGACAAUUGGCAUAAUUUCACAGAGUACGAAUGGCUCAAAUUUUUAGCCAUCAUGGGCAUUGACAAGAGACCGUCAAUUCGAGACUACUUCUCAACCGCUGACAACCUCUACACAGGCUUUUAUCACAAGAUGUUUCAAAGGGAGAGAUUUGAAACAAUUUACUCUUCAAUGCUUCAUGUGGGAGAGCCAGGUGCUGAAGACAAAAACAAAAUAGAACCAUUUGUAAAUAGCCUUACUGAAAGAUUUCAGUUUGCGUUCACUCCAAAUCAGUCUGUCUCCAUAGAUGAGAUGAUCAUUGGAUGGAAAGGAAGGUGGAGGUACAAAAUGUUCAAUGCUGCUAAACCAUACAAGUACCAUAUUAAAAGUUUUGGUCUAGUAGACAGUGGUACUGGCUAUGUAUUGAACCUCCUUACAUACUAUGGAGCAAAUACAUCAUACGAUCCCGAAGCUGAUGCGAAUGGUGGAAUGGCAAUCAAAAUAUUUGACACCCUCUUGAAACAUUUGGGUAAAGGUUACCAUAUUUAUGCAGAUAGAUGGUACACAACAAGGGCUUUGAUUGACCAUCUUCUGGAUCAAGGACAAUACUAUACAGGGACAGUACAAAUCAACCGUGCUGGCUUCCCCAAAGCUCUGAAAACCAUAGCGCUCAAACACAUGCAAAGCAAAUACUGGAUGCUCCAGGAUAAAAUCUUGUAUUUAACCUGGAAGGACAAAAAAGCUAGUCAUCCUUGCUUCAACAAGUGCUACAGCAGAGAAUGUCACAGUGCAAAGGGGCAAAGUAAAACCAGGAGCCAUCCAUGCUUAUAA